AAGGAGAAGGCGCACGGAACAAGCGGUUCUACCGACGCCCCUGCGUGUUCCACGUCGGGGACGUCCACCUCUCACGCCAUGGCGCCUACAGCGUCAUGGACUCCCUCGAAGGCCCACGUCUUCGAUGUUGUUGUCCCUACGGGGAAUGGUCCCGAGACCGUCGUCGACGCGACGGCCUCAAUAGUUGGCCUCUCUGAGGUCUACUGCGUUCAGCACAUGGGAGGCCUCAACUUCCAAGUCACUGUCAAGAGCAUGGCUUCCAUGACUCUAAUCGUCGAUGCUGGCUGCCUCGUCAUCGGUGGCGAGCGUUGUCCCAUCGUUCCCGUUGGCCCGCAGGUAACCAACGUAACCUGCCUCUUUUUGCCGUCCUUCGUUCCGAACGAAGUCCUCGUCCAGGCACUAUCACCAUACGGGAAGGUUCUGUCUGUCAGUGCUGGUCUCAUGAGCGGACGACGUGGCGUGCUCACGGGCACACGCUUCGUGCGUAUGGAAAUGAGCCUCACAACACCUGUCCCCAAUUAUCUCCGAGUCUCUGGUCAUCGUGUAACGUUUGACUACCGCGGCUUGCAACGCGUGUGUCGUCGGUGCGGUUCCAGCGGCCACUACCGUGCACAGUGCACCGCAGCGUUCUGUGGCCGUUGUGGCGUCCAUGGCCACGAAAGCGACGGGUGUGACCGUCCUUGUCGGCGUUGCGGGGAUAGUCACCCUACGGUCGCGUGCCCUGUGCGGCGUUCAUACUCAGACGCUGCUACUGGAGCCUUUCCCCCCUUACCGCCGGCGUCAACUGCGGUUGCGACUGCGCGUGACGCCACAACCAAAGAAAUUGCACUGACACCGCAUGAACUACCGUCAAGAAAUGAAAAAGAAGAGGCAUGCAGCUCGAGAAGUCACAGCGCGCCAUGUUCGCCGGCCUCCUCUACUGAAAAAGAAGACCGUGACGUGGCGGAUCGCAACACGCCAUGUUCGCUGCCCUUUCAAGCAGUGGACACGCGUGCUGUAGCCGAAAGCGCCUCCACUUCGGCUGUUACCAUCACUCCUCCUGAUCCCAGCAAAGUUUUGAACGCGGAUAUAGCGUCUGACCCUGCGAUCGCUGCAGUCGAUGUACCCACGAAGUCUGCUGCAGCUUCAUCAGCCUCAGUUGCAUCUCCUACAGCGGCGCAGCCAUUGCAUCUGGGUGGGCCCCCGGCUGCCGAGGUUGUCGGUGACGAUGAAACCAAUCCCGCCGUCUUACCGCUACCGACAUCAUCCUCAUCAGAAAACAGCUUCAGCCUCGGAGUUGAUAGCAGCGUUGGACUCUCGCCGAGCCUGGAUGAACUCGACAUAGAAAUGGCGGCCCCACGAGACGUAAAGCGCGCUCAUGCGUCAGCCUCUGGCUCGGACGGCGGCCCCGAUCGCCGUGCCGAGUUACAGCGGCCCAAAAAACCUCGGCCUUCUUCGAGAGGGUCGAAGAAGUGACGCGUGGACUGCUUAACCCCUGGACUUGUUCCCAGGGCGCCGACUUGAACAACACGACCAGGUCAGUUUGGUGAUACAUUUAAUUAAUUAUGGCUGAUACCCUGAAAAUUAUUUCAUUAAAUGCACAAGGGUUCCGAAGUCCUGUAAAACAAGCCGAAAUUAUCAGCGUGGCCCGCGCAAAACAGUGUGACAUACUGUGUUUACAAGAAACAAAUUUUUUCACCAUUGGACAUGUCCUCACUUUCAAACGCACUUUUAACCUAGACUGUUUCUUCUCCUUCGCUACAUCACGAUCUAGCGGAGUUGGUAUUAUUAUUUUCAACAGAGCUCUCUUGCGAGAUCAUCAUGUCUUUUAUGAUGGGACUGGGCGAAUAUUGGCAUUUGAUUGUGUACUAUCUUCAUUUAGGUUACGGAUUUUGUGCAUAUAUGGACCCGCGCAGGCCAUUAAGUCCAAUGAUUUUUUCCGUGACCUGGACGUGUAUUUCCUUGACGGUCGUCACGUGGUGCUCGUUGGGGAUUUUAACUGCGUCUUAGACACGCGAGCAGAUGUGCAGGGCCCGGGCUGGGGUCGCCCUGAUUGGAACGCACGGGAGUUGCGUCGCCUCGUCCAGCAUUUUUCGUUGCUAGAUACAUAUCAACUUUUUCAUGGUUCUUUCUUUGCCUGGACCUGGCGACGCGGUGCGUCGUCAAGCAGGUUAGACCGUGCCUAUGUGCCAAGCAGUUUAGCUCAGUAUGUCACCCAGUCUGAUGUGAUAACGUUACCAUCAUCCCCUGUUUAUAUUUCCGAUCACAAACCAGUAAUACUUGAAAUUCGCUUCCCUGCUUCCUCAUCAGUAAAACCCUGGCGUCUGGACAUGCGCGUUCUACAUGACGCACGCUCGCGCUCUUGUUUGUCACGAGUUUUGGGCGCCUCUGUUUCUAGAUCUGACCGAGAGUCAUGGGAUGCGCUUAAGGUGCAGUGGCGUCUACACUGUUCAGUUGAAGGACGUGCACUCAGACGACGUAUGUCAGAGGAACUGGCGGAUACUGCCACGAAGCUCCGCAUCGCCCUUCGGGUCAAUCAACUGACUCCGUUGAUGCGGUCCUGGCAGCGUGAGCUACGGAGGCGUUUCCAACGCCUCAUCGCGGCGUCGUCUUUGUCAGCUGCUGCUUGGCGAUGCCGACGUAAUCCGUGUGCACACCCCGAAGUUCUGCGCUUUUCAAGAAACUCGCUUUUUAGACAGCCGACUGCAUUCGGUUCUGCGGCCCCAAGAUCACUUCCUGUUACACCACCUCCCACACGUGAUUAUUCGCUCUUUGUAACGCAUUUUGAAAACAUGGCGCGUACGACCAUGCAAAUAGAUUCUGGCUCUCAAGGUCUUCAUACUUUGCUUAGUGGUCUGCCUCAGGUUCCACCUGAGGUAGCUAACCGUCUUUGUGCACGACCAUCAGCCGAGGAAGUGAAGGCAGCAUUAUCUUCAAUGAAGCGUGGCUCGGCCCCAGGGCCGGACGGGUUACCCGUGGAGUUUUAUCUAACGUUCUGGGAAGAUAUUGGUGCCACUUUCGUAUCGGUUAUCAGCCAAUGCUUUGAGAACUUUGAUUUCCCGUUAAGUUUUCGGGACGGUCGUAUUGUGCUGAUACCUAAGCACGAUCCGUCAUCAGUUCGUCCAGAGGAAUGGAGGCCAAUCACGCUUCUCAACGUUGACUACAAAACCUUCACAGCUGUUCUCACCCGGCGCUUGAGAAGCCUGAUGCCUUCCCUAAUAGGACACCAUCAGGCAUGCUCAGUCCCUGGCAGAGAGAUACACAGUCUUUCGUUCGUUACUCGUGACAUAAUGACAUACACGCUGACCAGGUCGGCACGUGGUCUCUUAGUUUCACUGGAUCAAGAAAAGGCAUUCGAUCGCCUUGAACAUAACUACAUUUUUAAUGUACUGACCUCGUUCGGCUUCUCGUCAAAUUUUGUUCAACUUAUUAGGAAUACCUAUUCAAAUAUCCGAAGUACAUUGUUCCUUGAUGGUCGAGAAAGUGCACCGUUUCCGGUUACUCGUGGCGUUCGACAAGGGUGCCCUCUAUCCCCAGUACUUUUUGUGCUCAGUCUUGAACCAUUUCUGCGCUCAAUAGUGAGAGACCCUUACGUAUGCGGUCUCCCACUGCCUGGUAGCGGUGUUGUAAAGGUGACAGCCUUCGCCGAUGACAUCACAUUAUAUCUCAGGAAUGAAGAUAGCUUAACCCGUAGCCUUCGAAUUUUCACUGAGUACGGAAAUAUUUCAGGUGCUGCGCUAAAUUUUUCAAAAUGUCGUUAUUUGUUCAUUGGUUCACCACAGACACGCCUAAGUCCCCUUUUCCGUCUUCAAAAGAGCAAUUCUCUUCGCAUUUUAGGCCUUGACUACACCUCUAAUGGUAUAUCAGACUCUGUGUGGCUCUCAAUUCUUGAAGAUGUAAGGCGAAAUAUUGAAGAUGUUCAAGGUUAUGAUUUACCCCUAUCAGAAAGAAGGUACUUAGCGCAGUCUGUAUUUUGCGGCCGAGUGUGGUACGUUUGUCACGUCGUACAGCCACCAUUACGGGUUACUAGGUCCUUGCAGUCCCUUCUUGGUGCCUUCUUCUGGUCGGGCCGUACAGAACUAGUCUGUCGCGCGGCGCUUGGGCAACCACGCUCUCGCGGUGGGUUCGCCUUCCCAUCCGUGUCUGUCCGCUGCCGGCUGCUUGCUCUGCGAUUUCUGCUCCGUCUGUUACAGCAUGAUCAGUGUCCAGCGCGUGAACUCGCUUGCUAUUUCCUUGGCACGAAAAUUCGCUACAUGUUACCGGGCGUACACUUAAAUCGCGGCCCACAAGUGUUAAACGCGCCUACAUUUUACUGUACGACCGUGGCAUUUUAUCGCCACAUACAACAGGUAUGUCCUGAUGUAGACGUUCUCCAAACCCGUGUAGUAGAUACUAUGUCAGCCUUACUGCUUCCUCUAGUUCCCCCAGCGCGCCUCGCACGUUCCAAUAAUGUGUCGUGGGAUGCGAUAACGGCGUCAUUUUUGCCUGGCCACCUACGCGACUUCAUGUGGCGUCUAGGGUGGCAAGUGCUUCCAACUCGGGACAGGCUUGAGCGGUGGGGCGUUGUCUCAUCUUCGCAGUGUCCCAAUUGCCCCCUUCAAGAAUCCAAUAAACAUGUACUGCUGCAAUGCGUCGUUGCCAGGAUAUUUUGGAGGGCCGUGCAUACUGGAUUUCGUGGCCUUGGAGUCAACCGCUUUAUUACAUCUGGUCGCUGCUCACGUGGCCGCUUCGCGCGACUUUUAAUUGCUGCGGGGGCCUUCUGUCUAUGGCGUAACCGGUGCGAGGCAGUUGCCAUGGGACGUCGUCACCGCGCUCUAUUUCCACUUAUGGGGAGGCUCUACUCUGAACUACUGUCGUUUCUGUCGGAGGAAUUGUUCUUCCUUGGAGAAGAAGAGUUCCUUCGACAGUGGUCAUGUCGUUUCCUGUCGGUGGCUAAUGGACGCGUAUGGCUGAAUUUUCGUCCAGCCUGGUUCUUGUAGCCAGACCAUCAGAAAUAUUCAUUUAAUGCACAUAGAAUGCAGGUGCCCGUGAUUUCUGUGUGUGUGUCCUCUCGUAUACAUGAUCAUUUUUGUAUAUACACAUCUCGUGCACAUCACUUCAAAAUUGUGUAAAGUGUUCUAUCACAUCAUCAUUGUAUAUAACCAUUGUAACCAUCAACCAUCACAUCAUCAUUGUAUAUAACCAUUGUGCACACUGUAUAUAUUGAAAAUCAUUUUGUACAUGUAGCAUUUAGUUUAUGUGUAACUGUGCCUUUCCGUGGGUAUACGUGUUUAUAUGUUGGUGCGUGAGGACUCGGACACUACUCGCGUUGACAACGCGCUCUGUUUCGUGUCUUACAUGUUAUCGUCCGCGUGGAAUUGUGCCAUGAUUAUGACUCAGUGUUAGUAUCGUCUCUUGUCGAAAUAAACUUUUUCUAAACACCAA